GCGCGUAGCAGGAAGUAGCAGUUGUAAACAUUCAUCGCCUGGAGAGGUAUCAGAAGAAGGGUUACGUUUGUCUUUUUGUGUACGUGACUUUCUGUUCACUCACACUUUUUCUUCAUUACGUCAGGUCUUUACCCAUUUAUGCUCCUCCCCCUUAAAAGAAUUCACCUCAAAGGGCCCAAAAGUGUUGGGUAGACCAACUAGUCCAGCAGAGUAUACAGAAAAUAAGUGCCUUCAGAGCAGAUGUCUUCGUCCCCCACUAACCCUUCUGUCCUCCUACAUACGGGGGUUCAGAUGCCCAUUCUGGGUUUGGGGAUGUACAAGUUAGUGGGUCCUGGAGAUGUCUACCGGGCUGUGGACGCAGCGCUGGAUGCUGGUUAUCGGGCCUUCGACAGUGCAGCUGUCUACCGCAAUGAAGCUGACCUGGGCCGAGCCCUGAAGGAGCUCCUGCCCAAACAUGGCUUAACCAGAGAGGAUGUGUUCAUAACCAGUAAGCUGGGCCCCAAGGAUCAGGGUGACAGAGCCAUGGAAGGAGCCCUUCACAGCCUGUCUCAGCUGGACUUGGGUUACAUUGACCUCUACCUGAUCCACUGGCCUGGCACACAGGGUCUGGUAGUGGGUGACCAACGCAACCCAGGCAAUCGAGCUCAGAGUUGGGUCACACUGGAGGAGCUGCAUGCUCAGGGGAAGCUGAAGGCCAUAGGAGUGUCCAACUACACACCAGCACACAUGAGAGAACUGAUACAGAGCUGCAAAAUCCCUCCUGCAGUGCUCCAGGUGGAGUUUCACCCAAGGCUGUGCCAGACAGAGCUGAGGAGUGUUUGUAAGGAGUAUGGAGUGUGUUUCCAAGCGUACUCCUCCUUAGGGCAAGGAGACCUGGUCACUGACCCUGUGGUCAUGGAGGUGGCAAAGAACUGUGAUCGCACACCUGCACAGGUCCUGUUGCGCUGGGCUGUGCAGCAGGGCGUCCCAGUGCUGCCCAAGUCGUCCAAUCCAGACAGAAUAAAGGACAAUGCCAGGCUUUUUGAUUUCACACUGAGUGACACAGACAUGGACAGACUUUCAGCUUUGGACUGUGAACACAAGUAUUGCUGGGAUCCAUCAGCAAUGAUGUCUUCGUCCCCCACUACCCCUACUGUCCUCCUAAAUACGGGGGUUCAGAUGCCCAUCCUGGGUUUGGGGACCUACAAGUUAGUGGGUCCUGAAGACGUCUACCGGGCUGUGGAUGCAGCGCUGGUUGCUGGUUAUCGGGCCUUUGACAGUGCAGCCAUUUAUGAGAAUGAAGGUGACCUGGGCCGAGCCCUGAAGGAGCUCCUGCCCAAACAUGGCUUAACCAGAGAGGAUGUGUUUAUCACCAGUAAACUGGGCUCAAUGGAUCAAGGUGACAGAGCCAUGGAAGGAGCCCUUCACAGCCUGUCUCAGCUGGACUUGGGUUACAUUGACCUCUACCUGAUCCACUGGCCUGGCACAAGAGGUCUGGAUGUGGCUGACCAACGCAACCAAAGCAAUCGAGCUCAGAGUUGGGUCACACUGGAGGAGCUGCAUGCUCAGGGGAAGCUGAAGGCCAUAGGAGUGUCCAACUACACACCAGCAUACAUGAAAGAACUGAUAGAGAGCUGCAAAAUCCCUCCUGCAGUGCUCCAGGUGGAGUUUCACCCAAGGCUGUGCCAGACAGAGCUGAGGAGUGUGUGUAAGGAGUAUGGAGUGUGUUUCCAAGCGUACUCCUCCUUAGGGAAAGGAGACCUGGUCAGUGACCCUGUGGUCAUGGAGGUGGCAAAGAACUGUGAUCGCACACCUGCACAGGUCCUGUUGCGCUGGGCUGUGCAGCAGGGCGUCCCAGUGCUGCCCAAGUCGUCCAAUCCAGACAGAAUAAAGGACAAUGCCAGGCUUUUUGACUUCACACUGAGUGACACAGACAUGGACAGACUGUCAGCUUUGGACUGUGGGCGAAAGUACUGCCGGGAUGCAUCAAACGUGGUUUGAUAGACCACAAGUUGUCUUCCAUGAUGCCUCUUUAAUGCUGCUGUUCUUCAUCUCUGACUGGCAGUGAUGCAGCGGUGGGAAAACACCACCAGAAAACGUGGGAAUUUGGAGUUUAGAUAAAUGUUUUCGAUAAAUGUAUGUUAAUCAGUAUUUUAGAAUCCAAGUAACAUUUGCCAAUACAUUGUCUUGUCUAUUGUGACACAUGUGCCAUUAAUACCAAGAGCCCUCAGGCAUCACACCUAUAGGUUAGUGCCUACUGACCAAAACAAUGUUUGCUGUUGUUAACACAUCUGACAAUGUUCCAUAUUGAAAGUAAUAUUAUGUCUUUUGUGUUCUAGCUUUUCCAUUUAACUUGUCUAUGAAUUGUGACAUUUUCAAAGUGUCCUUCAUACUGGAGAACUUUUAAGAAUGACAUAAGAAACUCACUUCAAAACCACUCUUAAAAUUAUUUAUUCAGAAACAGCAUAUAUCAGAAGUUUCACAGCUGUAGAGAAAAUUUACAAAAGUCAUUAAAAAGUGAAAAGGAAUCCAACAAAAAAGACAGAUAUAUUAGAAUUCAAUUUUCUCCACACACAUCUCCAGAUUCAAGUAAUACCAAGGUAUGGUUGCAAAACUCCAGGUGCCCAGGCAGGUUUUUCUUCUGGGAUGUGUUCACUGUCAUAAAUGUUAAAAAAAAAAAAAAGGCAAAA